AUGAUCAAAUCAAAAAGUCCACUCCCAAAAAUGGCAAUAAAAGUUUUAUCAGCACUCGAUGCAGCAAAAACACAAUUUUACCACUUCAAAGCAAUCAUAAUCGCGGGAAUGGGCCUAUUUACAGAUAGUUAUGAUUUAUUUUGUAUCCCCGUAGUCAUGAGAAUGCUUGGAAGAAUUUAUUACCCCGAAAUCCAUCGAACCAUUGACCAAAGAAAAUGGUUCGAGGUCCCAUCCGUCAUUGCAUCCACUAUGAUUGGUGUUGCGUUAAUGGGGACGGUGAUCGGGCAGCUAGUUUUCGGGCGGCUUGGUGACCUUGUCGGGCGGCGCCACGUGUACGGCGUUUCGUUAAUAAUGAUGGUGGUGGGGUCCAUUGGGUGUGGUUUCUCGUUUUCAGUUUUGACUCCGAUGGUGUUUGUUAGUCUUGGAUUUUUUCGGUUUUUGCUUGGGGUGGGAAUUGGUGGGGAUUAUCCGUUAUCUGCCACGAUUAUGUCGGAGUUUGCUAAUAAGAGGACACGUGGAACGUUUAUUGCAGGUGUGUUUUCUAUGCAAGGGUUUGGGAUACUGUUGAGUUCGCUUAUUACAAUGAUUGUUUGCUACAUUUUUAGAGGUUUUAGUGAUAAUUUAAGAACGGUGUCGAAACUCCCGGAGUCAGAAACAACUGCACCGGUGUUGGGAAUGCAACAAAACAAGUUAAACACUUCUAAAAAAUUGAUAUAA